CCGUAUCCCUGUCCUGAGUGCGGGAAAUGUUUCCCAAAGAAAUCAAAACUUGAUAUCCAAAGAAAAAAAAAUUCACAUGGGGGGAAAAUCUGUAUCCCUGUCCUGGGUGCGGGAAAUGUUUCACAUAGAAAUCAGAACUUGAUAUCCAUCAAAGAUCUCACAUGGGGGGAAAAUCUUAUCCCUGUCCUGAGUGCGGGAAAUGUUUCCCAAAGAAAUCAGAACUUUGAUAUCCAUCAAAGAUCUCACACGGGGAACUUGCCGUAUCCCUGCCCUGAGUGCGGGAAAUGUUUCCCAAAGAAAUCAGACCUUGUUGUACAUCAAAGAUCUCACACGGGGGGGAGCCAAUAUUCCUGUCCUGAGUGCGGGAAAUGUUUUCACAAAUAA